AUGAAGCAAAUGUGCUCCCACGAGCACGUGCAAUCUUUGCUCGAAGCAUGGGCGAGAACUUGCAAUCGUCAGCUUGUAUUCGCGAAGCACUUCUUCUUCAAUAUCGGGACCGGUCACCAGAAGUCCCUGCCGGGCAUGUAUCGUACAUUGCUCCAUGGUAUCUUGGAAUCCUGCCCAGACUUGACGCGCUCAGCUCUGCCAAACCUUUGGACCAAAGCCCGGGGAACGCCUUGGCAAGUCGGAAAAGAGGUACACGUUUCCGACCGAGACGUUCGUAAAGCCUUUGAUUAUAUCGUUGAAAGCAGCAAGACCGACGACAAACUCGGAUUCUGUUUCUUCAUUGACGGCUUGGACGAGCUCGAAAACACUUCCGAAUUUUCCCAUGGUGAUUUGGUUAGUUUGUUAAACGACUGGCACAGACGCAGCUCAGGACACGUCAAACUGGUCGUCUCCAGCCGGGAACACAACGUGUUCGUUGAUGGGUUCUCAACUUCCCAACGAAUUUGUUUACACGAAAUUACGAGAUGGGACUUGGAGCGCUUCUCCAAAGACAAGCUCAACGGGAUCCAAAGCUCUCAAGUACGGGACGAGAUCGUCUACAAAAUUGUCGAAAAAGCCCAGGGGAUAUUUUUCUGGGUAACCCUAGUAGUUACCAGCGUACGAAGGCGUCUAGAAGGCGGCUUCGAUGUCGAUAUCAACGUGAUUGAGCAGAUUGAUAAUCUUCCACCGGAGAUCAACGAUCUUUUCGCCUAUAUACUGGACUCCUUGGACACAUGGAGAAAGCGGAAAGCGUAUAGGACCUAUUCCAUGAUGCUGGAGGUGCCUCGUUGGGAUCUUGAAGUCCCUGUAUUGGGUUAUUCUUUCCUGGACGAUUACGAAAAGGACCCUCGUCCCGACUUUGGCCUGACGCAUGCUAUUAAAUACCGAAGCGAUGACGAACGCCAACCCUACCGGUGGAUAAAGAAAACCCUAAGCGGCAUUUGCAAGGGACUCGUGGAAUGUUCCGACUUUUUCUUGCCAUCCCCCAGGGAAGUCGCAGGCCUUUUUUUGCAAUUCAGUCAUCGUUCGGUAGAGGAAUUCCUCUUGCGUCCAGAGAGGAAGCGCGAAAUGCUUUCCCACCUUGGCGAUUUCAGCGCCCCAGAGGCCCUAACUCAUCUCAUAUUGUUAUCGAGGAGGAGCUGCGGCGACUUCGACGACACCUCCCACUGGCGCUCAGAAGGAUUCUAUGAGCUGCCAAAUAUUCUCCUGAUGCGACAGACACACAACUUUGAUAAGGAACCGUGGCAGUUUCUAGAAAGUCUUGAAACUUGGAUCGAAGAGAGUGAAGGUCUUGUGCUGCUAGAUGCUUGUAACCAGCCAACAUCACCACGGCACAUCCUAUCAAUUGUUCCAUCCCUUGUCCCAUACAAGGGGUCCUUUCUUGCCAUACCUCUACUAUAUUCGAUCAAAAGAUAAACCGAUAGCCUAGAAGGACGGAACCCGGCGCACCGUAUUGUUGACAUGGCAGUGGUCCCGGCAUUUUGACAUGGACGAUAAACACAACAAAAUCUCCCCUGGACGCCUUCCUUGACUAGGCCACGAAUCCCGGCAUUCGGGGUCCAUCAAUCCUUUUACGCUCGGGCCUGUUAGUUCGGGAUGAGCGGGGAUAUCCACGACCUGUUAGGUUUUGUUUUUACCUAUUAGUUAUGAGGAUCAACAGUUACUUGGCAAUACGGUGGCUGUGUCUCGACUUUCCGUCGUAUUAUACGGACGAAUAGGAAGCUAAUGAAGCCAAAAGGUAAAUGGCGGGGUAAUAAAUCUACGGGCAACUUGAGGCAUUAAGGCGUCGUCCCCUGGCUAUUCGGUUCAUUAGCAUGGAUGCCUUGCGUGAAGCUCCUCCCAAGGAAUAGCCUCCACUUAGCUGUCACAAUAUUGAUUACUGCCUGUUCA